CCUCGCAUAAUGUGAAUCAUUGAUAGAACAUUGUUUACAUAUAAAAUAUUUAAGAUAUAUAAGUUAAUCGUAAAUAUAUUAUUGCUCUUGUAUAUAAACUGACAAUUUGUUUAAUAAGAUACAAUGUCUACUCGUUGGUAUCCUUUAUACCAAAAAGGUAACCCACAACUCAGGAUAUUUCUUCCAAACUUUUGGUUGAAGCUUGUAAAACCAGAACAUAACCAACCCAAAAAUGUAGUACAGUUUCACUGUUCAAUGGAAAUGACAAGAUAUGAUGUAAAGAAUUAUUUAGAAAAAAUUUACGAUAUACAUCCAAUACAUGUGAGAACUAGGAUUGCUCUUGGAAAAACAUAUAUGCCACAAAAAUUUGUUGUUAAAAAGGACGAUGUGAAAAUAGCAUAUGUUGUUCUACCUAAAGACGAAGAAUUUACAUUUCCUACUAUAAUUCCAAAAGAUUCAAAAGAUAAUGAAGAUAGACAUAAAUUAUAUGCGAAAUCAUUAAAAGAAAACUUUGAGAAGUUUGUAGAAAGAAACAAUUGGCCUGGUAUUCCCAGUUGGUUUCGUGUAUAA